UUAUCGGUAGAGGUACCUAUUCAAUUUAGUACUUAGGUAGUUACUACAGCUGUAUCGGUAUCGUGUCGUGUUCUUACAUGCACUGCCGUCUGCCAUUAAAUAACAGUUAUAUACUUAUAUUAAAUUAUUAAUAACGCGUGCACAAUCCGUCUUGGCGAUUUGGCGUCGUCUACUCGUCUAUUAAUACUUAAAUCUAAAAUGCAAUUAUAAAAAUAUAAUAUAAUUUGAUUGAUAAUAAUAUUAAUAUUUGUGGAAAAAAGAAUUUCUCUCGUAAGAUUCCUGUUAAGUUGUAAAAGAAGUUUCAGAAUUUAUCCUUUAGCCCAUCAUUCCUUUUAUAUUAUUAAAUACUUAUACACCUAGAUCCAGAUGGACGUUAACGGAAAAUCCUCUCAAGAAAUGGAAAAUAUUAGAGUCAUGCAACAGAUGGAAUUGAUCAGUAACCAUGCCGAGCGUUCAAAUGAGAUUCGCAUGAAAAUUCAAUCCGAUAUUGAUUCGUUUAAUGUUUUGUACUCGGAAUAUUCUAAAUGCACCCAACGUUUGCAAAAUGCGAAAAGUCAAAGAAUGAACAGCACUUUAGAUUUACCAGAAAUUGAAAGUAAAUUAAUUCAAGAAAAAGAAUUGCACAAAGAACAAUUAAAAGCUAAAUCUUUAAGUCUAAAUAAUUCUAUUUGUGUUUACAUUAACAAACUUAAUGAAUUAACAAACUUGAUCAGUCCAGUACAAAAUUAUAUUAUUGAUAAUUCAUUAAUUCAGUGGAAACGUCAACAACAGUUGGCUGGUAAUGGAUAUAAAUACAUGAAAGAUAUAGAUGUCAUACAAACUUGGUGUGAGAAACUGUGUGAUUUAAUAUGGAUAACUCGUUCUCAAAUUAAAGAAGCUGAUCGAUUCAGAGUCAAUUUGAGUCGUUAUUUUGAAUUACCCAAGUCAUGUGAAAUUAUUAAUACACUUCUUAAUAUGACUACACAGUAUCUUUCAUCAUUAGUGACAAGUACUUUUGUUAUUAUAACACAACCACCUCAAGUAUUGAAAACUAAUACAAGAUUUUUAGCAGAAGUACGCCUAUUGAUUGGUGGGAAACUGAAUAUUCAUAAGACAGCGCCCUUGGUUAAAGUAUCUAUAGUGAACGAAUCUCAAGUUAACCAAAUAAUCAGAAGAAAUAAACCAUAUGGUGAAUCUUGUGGUGAGUUAUUAAAUUGCAUUGGAAAAAUGGAGUAUCACCCAGUGCGUAGACAUUUUUCUACUAAUUUCCGAAACAUGCAACUGAAAAAAAUUAAACGUACAGAGAAAAAAGGAACAGAUUCUGUGAUGGAUGAAAAAUUUUCAAUUUUAUUUUCUUCAACAUUUUUUAUUGGUAAUGAACUUCAAUUUGAGGUAUGGAAUUUGUCAUUACCAGUAGUAGUCAUUGUGCAUGGGAAUCAAGAUCCUCAUGCUUGGGCUACUGUAGUAUGGGAUAAUGCUUUUUCUAAACUUGGUAGGGUUCCAUUUAAUGUUCCUGACAAAGUACCAUGGAGAAAUGUGGCAGAAACUAUAAACAUGAAAUUUUCCGCAGCUACAGGUCGUGGUCUUUCAGAAGAUAGCCUAAUAUUUUUGGCUGAAAAGGCUUUUAGAAUGCAAAAUGUGGAUUUCAAUCAAAUGAUACUAUCAUGGUCACAAUUCUGUAAAGAACCAUUGCCACAAAGAAGUUUCACAUUUUGGGAAUGGUUUUAUUCAGUGAUGAAAUUAACUAAAGAACAUCUAAAAGGCCCUUGGACAGACGGAGCUAUAAUGGGUUUCAUAAGAAAAUCUGACGCCGAAGAGAUUUUAACAAGAUAUGCAACUGGUACAUUCUUAUUAAGAUUUUCAGAUUCAGAAUUGGGUGGACUAACUGUUGCCUGGACUGCAUCUAAUGAUGUUUUUAGCUUACAACCUUUCUCGGCUAAAGAUUUAUCAAUUCGGAAUUUAGCAGAUAGACUAUUUGAUUUGCCAUACCUCACCAAGUUAUAUCCGAAUAUCGAUAAAGACAUGGCAUUUGGAAAAUACUACACACAAUCAUCAAAUAAUAGCACCCCUGUUACAAAUAAUGGUUAUGUAAAACCAUUAUUAGUUACUCAUGUUCCUGGGUGGAGUGGAUCUAGUACCAAUGGUCAGGGAAUGAAUAGCUAUCCUAACACACCUCAAGACCACAUGUCUCAUGAAAACAGCCUAGGCAAUUAUAGUGUUAAAGAUGCAUCAGUAUAUAGUGAACCAGACAAUAAUAUUACUGCUUUUGGUAAUUAUUCCUUAGAGAUGGAUUUUUCAUCAAGCUUAAAUGACAUGCCACAGUUGGAUGGAGCCUUUUUUUAAAGAAAUUUAGAUGGGUAAUAUGUUGUCUUAUUAUCUUAAUUUUUUUUACUUGUUAUUUGAUAUCAUAAUAGUUUAAGUAUACAUUUAGCUGUAUGUGUUAAUAUCAAACCUUAAUUAUCCUUUUUUAUAAAUAAUAUUUAAAAUAUUAACAUACAUAUUAUCUCUAUAGUUAUGUAAAUUUUAUUACAUUUUAUUUUCCACAUAUUAAGUAUUCCAGUAUUAUUAUUUAUCACCAUGAACUUAUUAUUUAUUGUUAUUUUAUUAUAGAUUAGUUAUUAUAUUAGCACACACACAUACGCACAUAUACAUAAACAAUUUUUGUGAUCAUGUUUAUAUAAUAAUGCUUUGUUUCGUUUUUAUUACUUAUUAUUGUAAUUAGACAUUAGUACAUUGUAUAUGUAUAAUAUUUUAAAAGAUUAUUAUAAUUAAAUUUGUUGGUAUUUUA